AUGUCUGAACAAAUGCCCAUCUCAUCUUUUUCUUCUCGUACAUUUGCACCAUUUAGUUCACGAAUGACUAUGCACAAAAAUAAUGUUAAACUAGAACAUCAUCCAGUUGAAGAAAAUCCAUUACGAAAACGAUUGAAUUUAUUAUUACUCAAUAUUCAUGAACAAAAUCGUGUCUUAAAUGAAUUACAAUUAGAUGAAAUUCAUUCAAAUAUUACUGUUAAAUUAAAAGAAUGGAAAUUAAACAUGUUUGAAAAUGUAAAUAAACACUACGAUAAAUGUGAAAAAGAUAAUUGUACAUCUUAUAAACAUUUAAGUCUUUUUCAACAGACAAUUUCAAAUAUUUUAACUAAUCACAUAUUAAAACGUUUACAACAAUCAACAAUAUCAAAACAAGAUUUAAACGAAUUAGAAGUAAAAUUACAACAAAUGAAAAUUGAAAUCGAUAUACUAAAACAAGCAAAUGUUAAAUUAGAUUCAAAACAAUGCCAAAUCGUUGGACAACUAAGAUUGUUAAAAGUUAAUCAGCAACUGUCGUGCGACGAAAUUUAUAAGAAUGACGAAAAUCAACAACAACAACUUGUUGCUUCAGUAUCUGCCACUGAAGAACAGCAAGAAUUGCCGUCACUUCGUCUACUUGUUUCAAAAUAUCAUGUAGAUAAAAUAAAUAGUUUUGAUCAAUCUUACGUACAUUUGACAACACUAUCAACAAUACCAGAAUGUAUAUUAACAAUAAAACAUGAUGAUACAACAACAAAUAAAAAAAAAUUGAUUACUCUUUUUUCUGGUAUGAUAAAUAUAUUUAAAAUUGAUGAUAAUGAUGACGAACAACAACAACAACAACAACAACGACAAUCUCAUUAUGAAAUUCGAUAUUUGAUUGAUGAACAAUAUGCAUCGUCUAUCAUUGGAAAAUUAGGUGAAAAUGCAAAAUUAUUAAAAGAAAAAUAUUCAUUAGAUACACUAAAAGUCUAUCCAACAUCAUGUCCACAUUCAAAUGAACGAGUUGUUUUAUUGAAAGCAAUGGAAAAAGAAAAUAUUAUUCUUUGUUUAGCAGACAUUUAUUUGAAUAUUAUCAAACCUUCGAUAUCAGACCAACAGUUUCAUUUCUAUGAUCUAAUUAAUUAUGAUUAUACAAUGACUGAUUGCUACGGGGGUUACAGAGAACAAUCGUUUACUAAUAACAGCAACAAAAAGAAAACUCAGUCAAAUUCAGAAUUAUCAUCAUUCUCAAAUAUGUUGGAAUAUACGUUUACAAAUAAUGAACAUCAUCAUAAGUAUGAAGAUAAAGACAAUGCUGGAGAUUCUGAUGGUGAAGAUGUUGGAUAUAAACAACAUUUUUCAAUACGUUGUGAAAAUGAGGAUAUAAUUGUACAAGAAUUAAGUGGUAUUGAUUGGAAAAAUAGUGGUCGGAUUAUUGGACCUUUUGGAAUGCAUAUCGACACAAUUAGACAAAAAAGUGGUGCAUCAAUCCAUUUAGCUGAACAUAAAAAUGAUAAGUCAUUGGUGAAAGGCACGAAGAAACAAAUUGAUAUUGCAUUGAAAUUAAUCGAACAGUUGAUUCAUGAAAAUCAUGGAAAGAUAUUACCAUUUCAGAAACAUCGAUCACAUGGAAAACGAAAAUAA